AUGAAGGCCAUUAUUUGUUUACUCUUCAUCGCAAUUUUUGCAUUUUCUAAUGGGGAUAAGCCACAUUACAAUCUUGAUGAAGCUCCUGAAUUAUUUGAGUUGUUUAUGAAGAAUUAUAAUCGUCACUACGAAAACGAAGCUGACAAAGAAGCUCAUUACCAGGCAUUUGUUAAAACUCUGAAAACUAUCAACAGACAAAAUGCUGAAUCUUCAAGUGCUACAUAUGACAUUAAUAAUUUUGCUGACUACACACCAGAAGAACUGAAAAAAAUUCAUGGUUUAUUAACAUCAGGUGAGUAA